AUGGGGACGGCGCUUCUCCAGCGCGGGGGCUGCUUUCUCCUGUGCCUCUCGCUGCUGCUCCUGGGCUGCUGGGCAGAGCUGGGCAGCGGGCUGGAGUUCCCGGGCGCUGAGGGCCAGUGGACGCGCUUCCCCAAGUGGAACGCCUGCUGCGAGAGCGAGAUGAGCUUCCAGCUCAAGACGCGCAGCGCCCGCGGCCUAGUGCUCUACUUCGACGACGAGGGCUUCUGCGACUUCCUGGAGCUCAUUCUAACGCGCGGCGGCCGCCUGCAGCUCAGCUUCUCCAUCUUCUGCGCGGAGCCCGCCACGCUCCUGGCUGACACGCCGGUCAACGACGGCGCAUGGCACAACGUGCGUAUCCGCCGGCAGUUCCGCAACACCACGCUCUUCAUCGACCAGGUGGAGGCCAAGUGGGUGGAGGUCAAGUCGAAGCGCAGGGACAUGACGGUGUUCAGCGGCCUCUUUGUGGGGGGGCUGCCCCCGGAACUGCGCGCUGCGGCGCUCAAGCUGACGCUGGCCUCUGUGAGGGAGCGAGAGCCCUUUAAAGGGUGGAUUCGCGACGUGAGGGUCAACUCCUCCCAGGCCCUGCCUGUGGACAGCGGCGAGGUGAAGCUGGACGACGAGCAGCCCAAUAGCGGUGGGGGGAGCCCGUGCGAGGCGGGUGAGGAGGGCGAGGGCGGGGUGUGCCUCAACGGAGGCGUGUGCUCCGUGGUGGACGACCAGGCCGUGUGCGACUGCUCGCGAACCGGCUUCCGCGGCAAGGACUGCAGCCAAGAAGACAACAAUGUGGAAGGUCUGGCGCACCUGAUGAUGGGCGACCAAGGUAAAAGUAAAGGAAAAGAAGAAUAUAUUGCCACUUUCAAGGGAUCUGAAUACUUCUGCUACGACUUGUCUCAAAACCCCAUUCAAAGCAGCAGCGAUGAAAUAACUUUGUCCUUUAAAACUCUUCAGAGGAAUGGACUGAUGCUUCAUACCGGGAAAUCGGCUGAUUAUGUCAAUCUCGCCCUGAAAAAUGGAGCUGUCUCUCUGGUCAUUAAUUUGGGAUCGGGGGCCUUUGAAGCACUAGUGGAGCCCGUGAAUGGAAAGUUUAAUGAUAAUGCCUGGCAUGAUGUGAAAGUCACCAGGAAUCUGCGUCAGCACUCAGGCAUUGGACACGCUAUGGUGACAAUAUCAGUGGAUGGGAUUCUUACCACAACGGGCUACACGCAAGAAGAUUAUACCAUGCUGGGGUCUGAUGACUUUUUCUAUGUUGGAGGCAGUCCCAGCACAGCAGACCUUCCAGGGUCACCAGUCAGUAACAACUUCAUGGGCUGUCUCAAAGAGGUUGUAUAUAAAAAUAACGAUGUAAGGUUGGAAUUAUCUCGACUUGCCAAGCAAGGAGACCCUAAGAUGAAGAUCCACGGAGUGGUAGCAUUUAAAUGUGAGAAUGUUGCAACUUUGGACCCAAUCACCUUUGAAACCCCAGAGUCUUUCAUCUCUUUGCCUAAAUGGAAUGCAAAGAAAACAGGCUCCAUAUCAUUUGAUUUCCGCACAACAGAGCCAAAUGGCCUCAUUUUAUUUAGCCAUGGCAAGCCAAGACACCAAAAAGAUGCCAAGCACCCUCAGAUGAUAAAGGUUGACUUCUUUGCUAUUGAAAUGCUAGAUGGCCAUCUCUACCUCCUCCUGGACAUGGGGUCAGGUACAAUAAAAAUCAAAGCCCUACAGAAGAAGGUGAAUGAUGGAGAAUGGUAUCAUGUGGACUUCCAGAGAGAUGGACGGUCAGGUACCAUUUCUGUCAACACCCUGCGCACACCCUACACGGCACCUGGUGAGAGCGAGAUUCUGGACCUGGAUGAUGAGCUGUACCUGGGGGGCUUGCCGGAAAACAAGGCUGGCCUCAUUUUCCCCACCGAGGUGUGGACUGCCCUGCUCAACUACGGCUACGUGGGCUGCAUUAGAGAUUUGUUCAUUGACGGCCAGAGCAAAGAUAUCCGGCAAAUGGCUGAAAUUCAAAGUACUGCUGGAGUGAAGCCCUCCUGCUCAAGGGAAACAGCAAAACCGUGCCUUAGCAACCCUUGCAAAAACAAUGGCAUGUGCAGGGAUGGGUGGAACAGAUAUGUCUGUGAUUGUUCCGGAACAGGCUACCUUGGCAGGUCCUGCGAGAGAGAGGCAACGGUUCUGAGCUAUGAUGGGAGUAUGUUUAUGAAAAUCCAGCUCCCAGUGGUGAUGCACACAGAGGCCGAGGACGUGUCCUUACGGUUCCGAUCCCAGCGUGCGUAUGGCAUCCUCAUGGCAACCACCUCUAGAGACUCGGCAGACACCCUCCGCCUGGAGCUGGAUGCAGGGCGUGUGAAACUGACGGUCAAUCUAGAUUGUAUCAGGAUUAACUGUAAUUCCAGCAAAGGUCCCGAGACCCUUUUUGCCGGCUAUAACCUCAAUGAUAACGAAUGGCACACAGUGCGUGUGGUCCGUCGAGGAAAAAGUUUAAAGUUAACCGUGGAUGACCAACAGGCCAUGACAGGUCAAAUGGCAGGCGAUCACACAAGGCUGGAGUUUCAUAACAUAGAGACUGGCAUCAUCACGGAACGCCGGUAUCUGUCUUCUGUCCCCUCCAACUUCAUUGGACACCUGCAGAGCCUGACAUUUAAUGGAAUGGCAUACAUUGACUUGUGUAAAAAUGGUGACAUAGAUUACUGCGAGCUCAAUGCCAGGUUUGGCUUCAGGAACAUCAUAGCAGACCCUGUCACCUUCAAGACCAAAUCGAGCUAUGUUGCCUUAGCUACACUGCAAGCCUACACUUCUAUGCAUCUUUUUUUCCAGUUCAAGACAACAUCCCUAGAUGGACUAAUUCUAUAUAAUAGUGGGGAUGGAAAUGACUUUAUUGUGGUUGAAUUAGUUAAAGGGUACUUACAUUACGUGUUUGAUUUGGGAAAUGGUGCUAACCUCAUCAAAGGGAGCUCAAAUAAACCUCUCAAUGACAAUCAGUGGCACAAUGUGAUGAUAUCAAGGGACACCAGCAAUCUCCACACUGUCAAGAUCGACACGAAAAUCACAACACAAAUCACCGCGGGAGCCAGGAACUUGGACCUCAAAAGUGACUUGUAUAUAGGAGGAGUGGCUAAAGAAACAUACAAAUCUUUGCCGAAACUUGUCCAUGCCAAGGAGGGUUUUCAAGGCUGCUUGGCAUCAGUUGAUUUAAACGGACGACUUCCAGACCUCAUCUCAGAUGCUCUUUUCUGCAAUGGACAGAUUGAGAGAGGAUGUGAAGGACCCAGCACAACCUGCCAAGAGGACUCCUGUUCUAAUCAAGGUGUGUGCUUACAGCAGUGGGAUGGCUUCAGCUGCGACUGUAGCAUGACUUCCUUCAGUGGGCCACUCUGCAAUGACCCUGGGACGACAUAUAUCUUUAGCAAAGGUGGUGGACAAAUCACGUAUAAGUGGCCUCCUAAUGACCGGCCAAGUACACGAGCAGACAGACUGGCCAUAGGGUUUAGCACUGUGCAAAAAGAAGCUGUAUUGGUACGAGUGGACAGUUCUUCUGGCCUGGGUGACUACCUAGAGCUGCAUAUACACCAAGGAAAAAUUGGAGUUAAAUUUAAUGUUGGAACAGAUGACAUCGCCAUUGAGGAGUCCAAUGCAAUCAUUAACGAUGGGAAAUACCAUGUAGUCCGUUUUACGAGGAGUGGUGGCAAUGCCACGUUACAGGUGGACAGCUGGCCAGUGAUCGAGCGGUACCCUGCAGGAAACAAUGAUAACGAGCGCCUGGCGAUUGCUAGACAGCGAAUUCCAUAUCGACUUGGUCGAGUAGUUGAUGAAUGGCUACUCGACAAAGGGCGUCAGCUCACAAUCUUCAAUAGCCAAGCAACCAUAAUAAUUGGCGGGAAAGAGCAGGGCCAGCCCUUCCAGGGCCAGCUCUCUGGGCUUUACUACAAUGGCUUGAAAGUUCUGAAUAUGGCAGCCGAAAAUGAUGCCAACAUCGCCAUAGUGGGAAAUGUGAGACUUGUUGGUGAAGUGCCUUCCUCAAUGACAACUGAGUCGACAGCCACUGCCAUGCAGUCAGAGAUGUCCACAUCAAUUAUGGAGACUACCACAACCCUAGCUACUAGCACAGCCAGAAGAGGAAAGCCCCCUACGAAAGAACCCAUUAGCCAGACCACAGACGACAUCCUUGUGGCCUCAGCAGAAUGUCCCAGCGAUGAUGAGGACAUUGACCCCUGUGAGCCGAGCUCAGCUAACCCAACCCGAGCAGGCGGGAGAGAGCCAUACCCAGGCUCAGCGGAAGUGAUUCGGGAGUCCAGCAGCACCACGGGCAUGGUGGUGGGGAUAGUCGCUGCUGCUGCCCUCUGCAUCCUCAUCCUCCUCUAUGCCAUGUACAAGUACAGAAACCGGGAUGAAGGCUCAUACCAUGUGGACGAGAGUCGAAACUACAUCAGUAACUCAGCACAGUCCAAUGGGGCUGUCGUAAAGGAGAAACAACCCAGCAGUGCGAAAAGCGCCAACAAAAAUAAGAAAAACAAGGAUAAAGAGUAUUACGUCUGAUCCCAAGAUCUUAAAAAGACCCUUGUAUAGAAAUAGUCUUCAUUUUAU